AUGGCCACCCCCAAUGUUCUUACUUUUGACGCUGAGGGGAGGGCCAUUGACUUUGCCGUCUGGAUUGAAGACCUGCAGCUGUACUUACUCCUGCUGAUGCUGACUCUGCCGUUCGCAUCCAAGUGGGCGACCCGCGAUGCUGCUGCACGUCUUGCUGUGCGUCGCCACCUCCCUUCCUCUGAGCGUGCCCACUUUAGUCAGUGCAAGACCGCUCAGGCCUUGUACGACGCUGUAGUUGCACGCUACUCCUCCCCUUCCUCCGCUACCCUUAGCCGCCUCAUGCUACCGUUUCUCUUCCCUGACCUCGCUUCCUUUCCCACUGUCGCUGACCUCGUUACCCACCUCCGCGCUAGGGUGUGGUCCUUCCCCCCUGCUGCCCUCUGUCGCCUCUGCCGCUGCGGAGCCGACCUCGCUGGUUUUGAGUCGGUCGGCGCGGCGUCUGCCCCCAGCGGCAGACGCCGCUCUGGCAAGGGCAAGGGGGGCAAGGGAGCGGGUGGAGCUAGAGGGGGCGGUGGAGGAGGCGGUGGGGGUGGCGGGGGGAGUGGGGGUGGCGGUGGGGGUGGUGGCGGGAGUGGAGGUACUAGUGGCGGCGGUGGAGGCGGAGGUGGCGGCGGAGGUGGUAGCGGAGGAGGCGGUGGGAGCGGUGGGAGCGACGGUCCUGGUGGGGGAGGUGGCGGUGGAGACGGGGGUGGCGGUGGAGGCGGGGGUGGCGUGGAGGCGGGGGUCGGAGUGGCUCGUCCCAGCGGAGCAGCUCUGGGGGUGGUCAGCGCCAGCAGCAAGCAGCAGCAGCAAGCCGCAGCAGCAGCCACAGCAGCAGCAGCGCUCAGUCGCACCGUCCCCGGCCCCUCAGCAGCUCCGUGA